UUUUUUUUUGCUGUUUUUUUUUAUGAGUAUAUAACUCUAUUUGGACAUGCUUUCACAAAUUAAAAGUUUGUUUAAACAAAAAAAGACUUAUCCAAAGGAUCAUACAACAGAACAAAAAAAUAAAGAUGUAGCAGCACGUAUUGUUGAAGAAGAGAAGCAACGUAAAAGUGUUUUACCUCAAUAUCCCGGCUUAGAUCGCUUCGAAAUGCUCGAGAAAAUUGGGGAAGGCGCAUUUUCAUUUGUAUUUAGAGCAAGAGAUAAAGUAACAAAUAAAGAAGUAGCUGUUAAAGUAGUUAGGAAAAAAGAAUUAGAUGCUACUGAAACUGGAAAAAAUCAUUUACAUCCUAAUAUGAAAAAAAAGACAAAGGCUACAGAACGGGCUAAUAUCUUGAAAGAAGUUCAAAUUAUGCGUAACAUGAAACAUAAGAACAUUGUUCGACUUUUUCAUUUUUCAGAAUCAGACGACUAUUACUUUUUAGUAUUAGAAUUAUGUAAAGGUGGUGAAUUAUUCCAUAGAAUUGUAAAGUUAACUUAUUUCAGUGAGGAUCUUGCUCGACAUGUUAUUGUACAAGUAGCAGAAGGUAUUCGUUAUCUUCAUGAAGAAUGUGGCGUAGUUCAUCGUGAUAUCAAACCUGAAAAUAUUCUAUUUGAUCCUAUCCCUGUCAUUAAAAGAGACCAUGUUGAAAAUCUAUUUGAUGAUGAAGACAAAGAAGAUGAAGGUGAAUUUAUCGAAGGCGUCGGUGGUGGUGGUAUUGGUCUUAUCAAGAUUGCUGAUUUUGGCUUAUCCAAAGUGAUUUGGGAUAAUUCGACAUUAACACCUUGUGGUACAGUUGGCUAUACUGCACCUGAGAUUGUAAGAGAUCAAAAGUAUUCUAAAUCAGUUGAUAUGUGGGCAAUUGGUUGUGUCCUCUAUACGAUUCUUUGUGGAUUCCCCCCAUUUUAUGAUGAAUCUAUUCGUGCUCUAACCCAUAAAGUAGCUCGAGGUGAAUUUACCUUCUUAAGUCCCUGGUGGGAUCCUAUUUCACCUGCUGCAAAAGAUUUGAUUAGCAAUCUAUUAACCGUUGACCCUAAUAAACGUUACACAAUCAAUCAAUUCUUUCAACACCCAUGGAUCACUAAAUCCCAAUUCCCUCCUCCUGCUCCUAAAGCUAUGGAAGAUACAGAGUUAAUGCCAAUGAAACCCCUUAAUACUGAAAAGAAGUUCAAGGUAAAUGAUCCUCGUGCUCAAGCCAUGCAAAAUGCUGCUAAUAAAGCUGCUGCUAUUCAUGAAGAGCAAAAGAGACAAGCUGAUCAUCAUGAUAUUGAGUCGAAAGCGAAAGCGAUGGUUACACCAGGAACUCAAACAGCAAAGCGUGUUGAUAUCUUUUCACCUGGUGUUCCAUCUAUUAAAGAAAUUAUGGAUAUUACAUAUGCUGUUCAACGUAUGGGAGAGGAAAAGAAUAACCGCGGCAAACAUCCUCCUCCUGCUGCUGCUACUGCUGCUGCUGAUACUGCUGGUUAUCACACUUAUGGUGGUUAUGAUUCUAUCUCUGAGGAAGAGGAAGACCAGCUCAAUGAAAGUAGUACUUCCUCUAUUGAUACAUUAAACAGUUAUGAAAAAAAUAAAACUACAGUAGUUAAUUCUAACGGAAUUCAAAAAGAAGUUAUUGCUAUGGCAGAACAGUUAGUCCAUGAUGGUAAAGGUAUUGCCCCAGCUGCUUAUACAGUAAAACCUGAACAAAUAUCAAAAACUACCCACCAUACCCCUAUGGCUCCUAUCGCAUCGAGACGAAGACGUAAUAAUUUUGAACUCGAUAUGUCUAAAGCAACUCUGCUAAAAAAUAGACGUGCAGCUGGACAUAACAUCUAA